AUGCACAACAAAGGACCAGCCCCCCAAAAGCACGAUGGCAGCAGCCUGAGGAUCGGCAUCGUACAUGCACGCUGGAAUGAUGACAUUAUCAAAGCCUUGCUGGACGGAACCAAAGCGAAGCUUCGAGAGUGCGGUGUGCACGAGUCCAACAUUGUGAUUCAAUCGGUUCCUGGCUCGUGGGAACUGCCAAUUGCUGUCCAACGUCUCUACUCCGCGUCGCAAGUCCAGUCUUCUUCAGCGGGCAUUGGUAGUUCAGCCGGAGAUCUUCUUGGGGGUUCAGCAAGCGACUUGUUGUCAUCCCAGUUACCGACGGCGGCGACCGGUCCAUCGACAGGCUCUUUCGAUGCCAUCAUCGCCAUCGGCGUGCUAAUCAAGGGCGAGACGAUGCACUUUGAGUACAUUGCUGAGAGUGUUGCGCAGGGUCUGAUGCGCGUGGGGCUGGACACGGGGGUGCCCGUCAUUUUUGGCGUGCUAACCGUGCUGAACGACGAGCAGGCUAAGGCUCGGGCAGGUCUGAUACCUGGAAGCCACAACCACGGCGAAGACUGGGGUCUUGCGGCGGUUGAGAUGGGCGUAAAACGCAGGGCAUGGGCGACUGGCAAGAUUGAGAUGGGUGCAUGA